AUGUCCGCCAUCAACCUCCCCAAGAACGCUCACGUAUCAACACACCCAUGUCUCCAGGCGAAGCUCUCACAGCUACGAUCGGCGAGCACAGGGUCCAAAGAUGCGCAAACGCUGGUGCAUGAACUGGCCCUCAUGGUCGGUUAUGAAGCUCUGGCCGCAGGCUUAAAGGCACAAGAAGCCGGUACCCAGGAUUGCAUAUUCCCUAUAGCUGACAAAUCCUCCCUCGGCUACGAAUACACCGCAACCACCACCUCCCCCUCCCCAACCUCCAUAUCCCUAGUCCCCAUCCUCCGUUCAGGCCUCUCCAUGGUCCCCGCCCUUUCCUCCCUGCUCCCAUCCCCCGUGCCCAUCCACCAUCUGGGUCUCUACCGCGAGAAAUCCACUUUACAACCCGUAGAAUACUACAACAACUUGCCCUACCACACUCCACAUGCCGCGGGCUCAACCAAACCCCAACCCGAGCUAGCCAUCAUCGUAGAUCCGAUUAUUGCUACGGGUGCGACAGCCCAGGCGGCGAUUGACACGCUAAAGGAUUGGGGAGUCAAGCGGAUUAUUGUUGUUGCUAUACUGGCCACGGAGGAAGGGCUGCACAAGGCGUGUGGGGAGUGGGAGGAGGGUGUUGAGGUGUGGGUAGGUGGUUGUGACAAGGAGGUUGAUGAGAAAGGCAUGAUUAAGCCCGAUUAUACGACCGACGAAGAUACCAGGACGGAAUCAUCUUCUCAGGAGGACAUUGACAAGUACCGCGAGUUUGUUCUUGGCCACAACAAGAGAUUCAAGAUAGAAUCAUCUUCUCAAGAGGACAUUGACGAGUACCGCGAGUUUCUCCUUUACGACUAUGGCUUGAGACGUUACGUCUUAGGAGGUAUAUCUAAAGAGUACGAAAGCAGGGUAGUUUGGGAGUGUCGUGGUAACGCCAGGGAAGGCGACAUAUUUGUGUCACUAGAGCCAGACCCAUGCAAUGUUGUUCUUCGAAAAUGUCCCGGAUUAGGCGACCUGUUUGAAGUUGUGGGCUGGGGUAAUAGAAUGUCGGAGACGAAAUGGGUUGAUAGGUCGGAGAAGAUAGAACGGAGUGAUAGCAUGGAGCUGACUAGAUCUAUUUAUCAGCGUACUAGACCCGUUAAGGAAUGGAUGAUGAAAGAUGAAAUAUGGGCGAAAGAGGAAUGGCGUCCAGACCAUGCGCCAGGACCUAGGAAACGAUUUAGAAUCCGUUAA